AGUCUUCAGAAUCAUAAAGUAUAUAGCAACAUUAAGAAUAAAAUGUCAGAUACAGAUACAGCAGAUGGAAAAAACAAUGUGAGUGAUAAGUGAAAAUAUGGCUAAGUCCAAAAGUUGAGUUUUGUGAUAAUCCUUAUUUAAGAUAUAACCAAUUUAUUGAAAGAAAAAAUACUAUAUAUAUCUUUGGAAAAUGACACAUGUAGAAAAACACCAAACCCGUACGGGGAAGGAAACCAUUCACUCAGGGCAUUUUAUGGUGUCACAUUUUGAAGCAGAAGAGCAGGAUGAUUUUGAUGAUUUGGCUGUUCCUGUACCCGACGAGGAACAAACAGUUCAGAAAAAUACGGUAGUUGCAAUGUACACAGUACCUGGAUCAUCCGAAACAUACACAUUGUCUGAUAAGGAAGAAAGUAAACAACAUCAACAACUUUCUAUAGAAAUAUCUCUUACAAAGUUAUUCAAAUGUAUGUCUUUAGCAUACAGACAAAAAUUAACCUCACCCAAAUGGAAUCGUUUCAAAGGUAUAAAACUACGUUGGAAGGACAAGAUCAGAUUGAACAAUGUUAUAUGGAGAUGCUGGCACAUGCAAUUUAUAAAAAAACAGAAUACAUUUGUGUGUCAGUUCGCCUCUCCUUUAGAUGUUGACACACACGUGAAACCAGAGACAACUAUAUUAGAAGGUAAAUAUUGGAAAAGAAGAGCCGAAGCGGUUAUAGCAGAAUAUAAAAAAUGGCGCAUGUUUCAUAUUAUGCGACUCCUUGGCAAGGGGGACAGCUCAGUCCAGGAUACGAUGUCGGACAUGGACACGGUGGAGUCGUUCUCGCAGUGCAGCGACCUGGCGGCCAACAUGCUCACGGACGAGGACUACCUCAACUUCAUGAGUGACACGCUAUUCUCCACCAUCACAAACCACCAACCGUUCGCCUUCCCUGACUGCAGGGAGAUCGCCAGAGGAGCUGGUCUAGCCGAUUUCAUACAACCAAGCUUGGGUCCUUUGCAGCCUAAUCUUGAUGAUUUUAUGGACACACUAGAGCCUCUCCAAGACCUUCUAUCGAUGCCACGUCUUCCUCCUGUGCCCGAAGAGACGACCAUUCCAUCGGAGGAGGCGUUGUACAGGAGCGGCAUGUCAGUAGAUACUUAUACUCCCCAAGGUUACAUUGCAGGCAGUCAGAAUACUUCUGCAGUCACAAUGCCCACCAGUCAGAUGAGCAUUCAUGGUACGAGUAACAAUACUCAGUUGAUGUCGAUGCCAGAACAAGUCAAAGGCGAGGAGAUGCGAAUGUAUGAUAAUAGCCGGCUGUUCACGCAGACCGAUCUGCCGAACAGCAUCAUGAGUGGCCCGGAGAUGCUCUCCGCCUUCCCCCAGAGCUCGUACGAGCGGACCCCCGCGCCGCCGCCCGACUGCGCCCCUCCGACCCUGCACGCCAACGCCUUCGUGCCCAAGUCCCCUAGGGUGCAAUUCGUAGCCGCGCAAAAAAUAUCGUCUCAGCCUGAUGCCUACAACAAGUAUAAUGCAGGUAUACCGCCAUCGCAGACGGCGCCGGAGACAGUUUCUCUUCUGCAGCAGCCAGUGCAGAAUGCUAAAUAUGCUUCGACUAUCAUAAUUCAAGGUCGCAGCGGGUACAGUCGCGAGAAGCCGCGAACGCGGAUAAAUCAUUACACGAAUCAGAUAGGCAACAAUCAGUACCCGGCGUACUCGGCGACCAUACCGGCCCACAGCGCGGCACAGCCGGCACACGGCGCGGCGCAGGCGGUGCACAACCCGGCGCAGGUGGUGCACGGUGCGGUGCAGGCGGUACACAGCCCGGCGCAAGCGGUGCACAGCGCGGCGCCGGGCUACGAGCCUCGGCCUCCCGCCACGCGCCCUCCCGCGCCGCAGAUGCAGUACUUGCAGCCCAACCAUGUGGAAUCCUACAAGGCGAAGGCCGGGCCAUCGCCGACGAACGUUCGCUCCUUCAAGCUACCCUCACCCCCCUUAGCGCCUGCGCCUGCGCAUUCGCAACAGGUAGUGGCUAGCGGCUCUAGCUCCUCUGUACCGCGCAACAAGGAGCAAUUUCGGUCGCAUAGUUUACCGCUGGGCGCGCAGCUGAGCUCAGAGUGGGUGGUGAGCGCGGGCGUAGCCGCCGCUCCGGCCGCUGCGCCCGCUCAGGUGCUCGUCGCGCCGCAGGAUGCCUCGCCCGUCAGGCAUACGCCUAGGGCGCGCGAGACUACUGGCGCGCUGCGGCUGCGGUCGCGGUCCACGUCUGGCGGGGUGAGCGAGCCGCGCCGCGUGCCGCCGCCGCUCAGCAGCGUCGCCUCCGAGCCCGCGCUGCCGCAGGCCAGCGUCAUGCUGGCACACCUGCUCUCCGCGCACCACUCUCAAAACCUAUACACAAUAAAGGGUAAAGACGAGGGCGCGGGGGGAAGUGAGCCCACCAAAUCUCCGAUUAGAAGGGCUCAGCCGUCGCCUAUUGAAAACGAUGUUAUGUCGCCGCAUCAGUCGCUGUCACCGCCGGGGUCGCCGACGUCGCCGCGGGCGGGGUCGCCGCGGGAUUCGCGGGAGGCGCGUCGCUCUCACCUGCACACGGAGCAGAAGCGCCGAUACAACAUCAAGAAUGGCUUCGACACGCUGCAGACACUUAUACCGCACCUUAACACAAACCCCGCCGCAAAGAUAAGUAAAGCUGCAAUGCUACAGAAAGGAGCAGAAUAUAUAAAACAGUUGAAAGCUGAAAGAAAUCAAAUCAAAGAGGAAAUGGAAAGUUUGCGGGCGCAAAUUGAUUGCUUGAAUAACUCCAUUUCGAACUGCCACUCGAUGCUGCCGGCGACAGGUGCGCCGGUGUCGCGUGCGCGCGCCGGCAGACUGCGCGAGAUGUUCGCGCGACACGUCGCCAACCGCACCAUGCACAACUGGAAGUAUUGGCUCUUCAGCGUGGUGAGCGCGGCGCUGGUGGAGUCGUUCAGUGCGUGCGUGUCGUGCGGCAGCGGCGCAGACCUCGUGCGCACCACGCUGCUCUGGGCAGAGCAGCACUGCUCCCUUGUUGAGAUGCGCCCAGCGGUGCUGAACUCGUUGCGCGUGCUGUGCACGACGACGGACAUCCUGACGAGUCCCGAGCGGUUGCCGGAGGAGGCGCGCGCAGCUGCAGCAGCCGGCGCCGGCGUCAAACGCGAGCCCACAUAACGCACGCCCACGCCCACAUCGCGCCCACACUGCGCCACGCCCACAUCACACUCCAUACAUUAUGUAUACACAGACGCAGGGUAUUUAGUAAAUAGUAUGAUUGCAAAUUAUUAUACUACAAUAAUUAUUCAACUCAAUCACAUUGACGAUGCAAAUUAAUUUAAUACUUAUCUUUUUGACAUUCUACAUUUGCUAUAGCACAGAGUAGAGAAAUAUAGCCGUAUCGUUUGUACAUUUUUCAUUAAAUGUCUUAAGUCAUCAAGUUAGUUCAGAUGUAACAAAUACGUAAAAAACUUGUAAAUUGUGUAUAGAAAAAAUAUAUCAUAAACUUGUUAUAGCUCAAAUCUUUGAGCAACAUUAUAUCCCGCCGACUUUAUGUUGUACUUAAAAUGAUAAAUGUCUCUUACAAUUUUAAUGCAACUCAUUUUAUUCAAUAGCAAAUUUAAGUUUUUAAUUGAUGCUGUAAUUCUCUACGCUGUUCAGAAUUGCCUAAAACUAUUGAAGGUACAACCAAGACAAAUCACAACUCUUCAUCUUUUAACGCUAUUUUAUUGAAACUAAAAACAUUUUUAAUGUAAAUAGUAAUUAAAAAAUAUAUUCUGCUGGUUUUGAGAAAAACGUAGUAUAUUUAAACAAAAAAUAUAGUUAAAUAUUGUACAGCCAAAAAGUAAAAUUUGUUCUUUGUGAAUGGAAUUCCUCAAUUUGUUAAAUCAUAAAAUGAUCUUACUUAAAAUCCGUCCAAAGCUCACAUGAGACAUAUCCAUGAAAGCAUAUUCAUAUUUUAAAAAAAACACGCAUCGCCUGUGUCAUAUUUACGUUGAAGUUUGUCAUAACUAUGGGUGCGACGAUUUGGAUAAAAAGAAAAAAAUAUUACUAAAGAAAUUAUAUAUCAUUGGUGUCCAAGACUAAAAUCCUUGUUUAAAAAUAUAUUGUCAUCUCUCUCAUUAUCUUUGAACCAACAGAGAUAACAAUAUUUUGAUACAGGGAUUUUGGUCUCAGAAACCAACAAAUAGUCGCGUAGGCUUGACUUGUGUUGUUAUAUUUUUGUUCCGAUUCUUGUAAAAACACAAACGCACAAGUUUAUUAAUAAGACGGGUUGAAGGACAUUUAAAUUGAGCUGUGAAAGUACAUAAUACUGUGAUUUUAUAUUGUUCACUUAGUCUGUUGUAUAAAUAAAAUAUCACUUUGAAAGUUGUGUAAUGAUGAAGCGAGGGCUUUCGCUAACCGUAUCGUGCCUUAGAUUUAACUCAUCUUAGACUCCAAUCGGCUGCUAUUUAACUGAAGAACUUUACUGCUGUGAUACUUAUAUUAUUCUCUUUGACAAAAGAAAUUCUGCAAUAUAUAACAUAUAUAAAUGUUACAGCAAUCAAUUUCUACAGUUAUUAAUUUACAUAUGUACAUACAUUACUGUAAAUAUAAUAUAAUAGUGAAAUGUUAUGUCUCGAGUGCCUGUGCCUAGGUAACGACGAGGGCAUGUCAUUUAUACUCCGACAUGUAGCGAUCUGUCUGCCAAAGAAUCCGUAUCCGCGGCGCGCCCCGCCCCUGCCCGUGUAGGCCACGCCCCCGCCCGUGCAGGCCACGCCCCCACACGAUACCAACAUAGUCGUUAAGUGGAAAGUAUGAGUUUAUUGAUGUCGAGAUUUAAUUUAGUAUAAAUAAAUAAGUGUAUUUACGAAUGCGACUACUGUAAGUAAAUAUUUUUAUAUGGUUUGUGUUGUGACACACAAAUGUUUUUAUAUAACUAUGUAAAUCGGUGCCAACGUAAAUAUUGUUGUAAUUUGUUAUGUAGUGAUAUAAUUUUAUGAUGUAUCGUUGACUCUGGUUGCGACCGAAGGAGACGGCGAGCUUUAAAUUAGUUAUUUGCAAUUGUUGUUCUAUUGGAAAUACAAUUUUAAAACACAAACA